CCAGCUACAUCUCCACUUGGGCAAGGCCCCAUCUGCCCUCCAUCGGCACUUGAUAGACCGUGGGGUAGAGCGGAAUUGCUCCGCCGAGACCGACUAGUAUAACAUCAGGCUACCAAACGCCCUCCUCCGUUGAUUGACACACGACCACACGAGCCGCAAUGGAAGAGUUCAACAUUGGAUGGAUUGGCCUCGGCAACGCCGGUUACCCCAUGGCCGCGUGCCUCGCGAAGAAGGGCCACCGGCUUCUUGUUCGCGACGCAGACCCAGCCCGCGGUAUCAAUUUCGUCGAAGAAUAUCCGAAGUGCAGGGCCGCCUCGUCUGAUCCGAACGUUUUCCAGAGCUGCGAGGUUGUGGUUACGAUGCUGCCGAAUGGAAAGGUGGUGAUGGAUGCGCUACUGGGAGAACGGGGCAUUGCGCCGCAUCUAAAGCCAGGAUCCGUUGUCAUCGACACAAGCUCAUCAUCGCCAUAUGAUACCCAGGCACUUGGAAAGGAACUGAGCAAGCUAAACGUGGAUCUAGUGGAUUCCCCCAUCACGCAGGAAAGGCUUCAUCAGAUCGACGAAGGAGGCGCGACAUUGAUGGUCGGUGCCGACAAGCCCGAAGCGUUAGAAAAUGUUAUGCCGAUCCUGAAAGAUAUGAGCGCUCACGUCUUUCCUAUGGGUGGCCUGGGUACCGGCCACAUAAUGAAGACGCUCAACAACUACACCAGCGUGGGCAGCAUCAUCGCGCUGUGCGAUUCUCUGGUCGCCGGUCAGAAGCUCGGUUUGGACCCCCAGACUAUGAUCGACGUGAUGAAUGUCGGCACCGGCGUCAACUUUUCAACCAAAUACUCUAUGAAGAACCUCAAGUCCUACGACACAGGCUAUCAGCUCGAGCUCCUUGUCAAGGACGUCAGAAUCGCCAAGGACGUGAUUGAGAAGUCUGGAUUCCAGUCAGAUCUGCCAGCGCUGGCUUUGAAGUACCUGGAAGAUUCGAUGAAGUGCGUGGAGAAGGGCGCAGAUCACUCCGAAUGUCUGAAGAGCUGGGAACAGAGAGCCGGAGUGGAGAUCAAAAUGACUGAGAGACGGGUGAAUGGAAAAGAGGAGUAAAGACAGUCGGACCAGUUCUCAGAAGGAGCCGGUGUUGCAUCUCAUGUGAUUUCUUUGGUCAGGUUUAUUUUCUCACUGCGUAAAUGCCCUGAGUUUGCUCUU